UUUUGUUAGCGAUUCUCACCAAAGCAGUUCAAUCCUUACAUUAUAACCUCGUUAUUUGCCACCCACCUCGCUGUCGCCCUUGUUUUGAGUUGAUAUGAGGCCAAAGUAACCCAUACAAACGGUGUAUACCACUAAAUCCGAGGUGUUGUUAGUUGCUCGCGCGCCCUCACCGUCGCAAUGGCUCCGCGAACGCGUCCAGCGCGUGCCUCAAAGCCUACACCUAAGGUGGCCGCCGCGGUGGCCACCGCUCCUACUGCUCCUACUGCUCCACUGCCUAGCAAAAGGAAGAGCAGCAAGCAGGGCAGUCGACAGGCUCCUUCAAAGGCUCGCCGCCGAACAACAGACGCUUCUACAGCAGCUACAGCUGCAGCUGCUGCCGCUGCCGCCACUACAACCGCUCGCUCGAAGACGAAGGACGCGCCUGCCGCUCCUACUGCCGCUGCCAGUCGUUCAAUGGACGCGUCUGCUGCUGCCGCUGUGGACGAUUCACUGUUGAAUGAAAUUGAGGCUGCGGAUACAGGCCUUGAUGGCUUUCAGUCGCUCCACGACUCAGAGGCGGAGCCUGAGGUGGUGGAUUUGACGGUGGAUCCGUCAACGUUCGAAUAUGAGCUGGUUUGGCGUGUGCUCGCUGGCCGCACUCAACAACAACGGGAGAUUGCGUAUAAACGGAAGACCUGCAAAGGCAAUCAGCCAGUAUAUCACAUGGCUCAGGCAUGGGCUGCGCAGCAGGCUGGCAACCUCAAGAUAUACCGUCUGUCCGCUACUGCUUCUUAUGAGGAUCAGCCGGCUAAGAAGCAGUAUAAGACGGAUAUUGAGUACCUGCACGAGUUUGAGGAGCUGCUCGCUCGCCUCAUAAGCUGGCAAAAACACGGGUGGACAGAGCCCUGUAUAACCAUGCUGUGGUUCUGCGAGCGUGACCAGGUGUCUACUGUCCUCGCGAGCAGUAGCCCUGCCGCCGCCUCGUCUCAACGCCGCCGGACUGCUACUACUCGCCAGGAGGCGUUAGUUCCUUCGCAGAUCGAGGAGAUGGAGUCUCAAGGCGACUAUAGCGCCUCCUUGCGGCUCGAGUGGACCUGUACUCAGCAAGCUUGUCCUAAUUAUGGUGAUGGCAAGAACGGCUAUUGCUACUGGCGCAACACCAACGUACCUGACAAUCACUGCCCUUUCACGAAGGACAUCUUUGCUGAAUGGGCUACUGAGAUCAAAGCCGGCAACCUAGAUGCUAGGGUGCCAAACCUAGAUAUCCACAGCGCUCUUCACAAGAGCCAGGCUCGUAUGAGGCUAAAGUCGUCUAACCACAAGAAGCUGGAGCCUCCACCGUCUCGUUCGCCAGAGCGUCGUGGCAGGGAGCCAUGGCCGCCUUACUACUUCCCCUACCCGCCGCCAGGUAUGGGCCCUCCUUAUACACCUGCUGCUGGCGCUAUACCGGAGCCGCCAUCCUCACAACCGAGCUCUUCAGCUCCGUCCGAGCGUGUGGAUCGAUUUCUUGACUGGUGUGCUGAGCGUGACAGCUGGCGUGGUUUUGGGGCCGAUUUGGACCGUAUGCGGCUUGAAUGGAGCGAUAAUGGAUGGGAUCUUGAUGGAAUCAAAGGUAUAACGGCAGCUCAGUGGAAGGAUAUGGGGUUGAAGGCCGGUCAGAUGGAUAAGGUGAAGCAGAGCCUGAGGAAGUGGAAGAGGCAGUGACAUCAUCACGACUUUCGAGCUGGCGAGGCGAUUCACCUUCGAGCGUCUAUUACACCACAACCACUGAACCGAUUUUUGCUCCUUCACUUGGAAACAAUGGAGAUAGAUAGGUAGAAUGAACCACCAACUGCGUGUCCUCAAACAUGGUGUUGUUGUAGAGAUAUAACGUCCAUCCGGCGACGAGCCUCGCAAGCUUGAAGCCGUGCCAAGCCUUCUCAAACACCUUCAAACAACUUUAACACCUUCAACACCUUCAACACCUUUAACACCUUCAACA